AUGUCCAACUCUCGUGAAGAUAACGAGGUCAAUGUCUCGGGUGAGGAAAAAGUCAACGCCAUGCGCGGAUACAAGGCCGCCCUGAAGAAUCCCAAAGUCUCACCUGAAGGCAAACAACAUGCUAGGGAUGUUCUGGAUAAUGAAAUCCACUGGGACCAGCCUCGUCAGGAACUCUAUGGUAUCCGUCAGCAGAAUAAAGAGCCGAACAGGGUAGCUGGUGGGCUGAAAGCUGCGCAGGUUAAUCCACGUGUGACAGAUCGAGGCAAGAAGGGAGCGUCUGAGAAAUUGGAUCAGAUGGGGCCUGGACCUCAGGAAUAG